GAUUUGCCGCCCUUUCCAAGAAACAAUGAUGGAGCGUGGAAUAAUACGAAUCACAACAACAAUGUGAUAGAUUCGUUACAAAUCCAAGAUGUGCUCUGCGAAAGAAUUGCCAACCUAAGUAAUUUUAGAGAUCAAGUAUGUCUUCAACCAAAUGUGGAUCAAAAAGAUCCAACAUCCGAAUGUUCCCCACCUCUUCAAAAUGAAUCCGUGCAAGUGAGUGUAGCUGAAGAAAAAGAAAACAAUCAAGUUUUCUUGCAUCCUCAACCUAAAAUCAGUUCAGAUGUAGUUGGGUCGAGAGAAGUUGAAAGCUGUCUUAAAAGUAGUGAUCCCUUAAAAAUUGUUGUUGAUGACAACAGUGUAAAGGAGACAAGAAAAGAGGUCGGAAUUCAGAAAAAGCAGUACUUUCCUGCCGCUCUCAGCAGAGAACAGGAAGUAGAAAGACUACAAGAGAAAUUCUCUUCUGCUCCAUUUUGGGAAGGGUUUGGCUCUUCUGCAACCACCAAAAAGUGGAGUCCUAAUCCUACUGAUAGAAUGGUGCGCAUCGGGGAGUUUUCUCCUUCAAACCCAGACUUGCAGGCACCAGGUAAAGCCUUACUAGGUUUGGGUGAAUAUGAAGAUAGACGACGUCAACUCCUGGAGAAGAAAAAGCAGGAAUACAAGGAAUAUCUCUCUCAAAAUCGUAACACAUUGCAAAAGACUGAUCAUCUUCAGCACCCAUCAACCAAGAGCAGCUUUGAUCAGCCUACUCCUCAAAUAAUUCUGACAACUGAUAAUCUAAAUGGAUCUGUAAAUUCUGUUGAUGCUGCAACCCAAACUGAAAGUUGGCUCGCUGAACAAUUCCACAAGGAAAGUUCUUCAUCUCAUGCAGAACAUAAUCAUGUAGCUCAAUCAGCAGACACUUUGAUGCAGCCAUUAAGUCCCAGAGAAAAACAUAAUAUGGAACUCCGACAUCAUUGUGCACCCUGCUUUGUGUCUCUUGCCCAUGCAUCACAAACAACAGAGCAACUGCCUGAUGCUCGAAUGAGACAACUUCAAUUGCAAGAAGAAUUGCGCUUACAAAUAGAAGAAAAACGUAAACUAGAAGCUGAACGCCGUGCACAGGAGAGAAAAGAAGAGGAGGCUCUUCAGAAAAGAGUUGCUGAACAGCAGGCCCGACUCCAAGCUGAGUUUGAAAGAGAUGAAAAACUGAGGCGUGAUCGAGAGAUCCAGAAACAGCAACAGAUAGAAGAAUUUCAAAGGCGUCAAGAAGAAUUGAAGGCAGAAUCUGAAGCCUUGAAGCAAGAAGGUCGAAGGCAAAAAUUACAUGCUUCUGAAAUAAACAGUCAAGCGCCCUUUUCAGUUGAAAUUCCAGUUGGAGCUAAAAAUGCUCAUCUGGUUCCUCCAGCUGAGCCAGCCCCUGUGUCUAUUCUCAAGAGCACUUCUCCUCCCUUACGCAGCCCCAGAAGGGCGGCACAUGGCUCUCAGUAUCCAGAUGAAGGACCACCAUCUCCUAGAGCAUUGAUAAAGGUUUUGGAAGGACCCACGUUACCUCUUCACCUGGAAGAUUCUCUGCCCAUACCACUGAUGCCUGUUGUUCAUUCCAACUCCCAGUCACUUUCAUCUCAAAGAUCUCCCCACCGAUCUCGUCAUGUUUCGCCCAGCCGCUCACCUCGUCAUUCACCCCACCACUCACCUCAUCGUUCACCGCACCGUGCACCACGCAGGUCUCCCUCUCGAUUCAUUCCAGAGCAGAACUGGAAUGUACCUGUAGCACCACACCACCACCCUUCAACUAGAGGGCCUAGUGACGCUAUGCGCAAUUUAGAGGAACGUUGGAAGGUCCCUGCUGUCCAGAAAAAUGUGUGUGUACGUGGGAAGACAAACGUUCAGAACGGUGGUGGAAGUAAUGUACUCACACAACUUGGAGCUUUCAGACGACAGCUGCAAAUUGAACACAUGCGAAUGGAGGAAAAAGUUAAGGAAAAACAUCACCCUCAGCAUUACAAUCAACAAUAUUACCAGCAACAUAUAGCCAAGCGAAACCGACAGGAAUACUAAUUUUAGUUUAUAAUGGUGCCUUAAUUAAGCUUUACUUCUGUGAUAUUGAAGAUAUCUAUUUUAAUGUUAACUAAACCAAGCUCUCUACAAGCUCUGCUCUGUUUAACAGAGAUGAACGCACAAGGUGCUCAGAAUAUUUUAGUCUUCUUUUCUAUAUAUGCUUAAAAGCCUGAUUUUUUUAGAUAACACUAGUCAUACCAUAUUUUUGAUUUUUAUCAAACUAUUGCACAUGGCAGUUAGUUAUACUAUAUAUGUUACCUGUGACAUGAUAUUGUUUAAAAAUUUAUGAGCUUCCAAGUUGCUGCACUGUGCAGUGCAGCGUAGGCUAGCAUUUAUGAUAUUUUAUAGUGUAUCCUAUGAGGGAAUGUUUAUAAUUUGUUACAGGGCCACGACACAACAGUAUGUGGGUUUGCCUACUCGCUCCGCCCGUGAGGCGCCCUAUGGCCCCCUUAGAUUUUGCAAACCCACAACACUGUUGUGUCGUGUAGCCCUGACACACGGCAUGUUCAAGACCUUUAGUACUUGAUGUCUUUGUGGAAAAUAUAAUUUAACUGAAUCUCUGAA